AAAGGUAAAAAAAAUCAGCAUAUUUCAUAGUCAGCAUGUGUCAGAGAAGCGAGCUGAAUGUGAAAAGCUUCAUUGUGGGGAAACAUCUGCUGAAACUGUCCGUAAAAAACGUGAAAUGUGUCAGAACUUAGAAACUGUUACUGAUAAGAAAGUUUGUGAAUUCUGUGGUGAAAGUUACAACCGAAAGAAUGACUUGUUGGUCCACAAGAAAACUCACACAGUUGAGAAGCUGUAUUCCUGUGAAACAUGUGGGAAAUGUUUCAGAAAACCAAAAUAUUUGUUGGUCCACAUGAGAACUCACACAGGUGAGAAGCCGUUUUCUUGUGAAACAUGUGGGAAAAAUUUCCGUCAACAGAGUCAUUUGUUGACCCACAAGAGAACUCACACAGGUGAGAAGCCGUAUUCUUGUGAAACAUGUGGGAAGUGUUUCAGGCAUCAGAGUCAUUUUUUGUCCCACAAGCGAACUCACACAGGUGAGAGGCCAUAUUGUUGUGAAACAUGUGGGAAAAGUUUCCUUCAACGGAGUCAUUUGUUGACCCACAUGAAAACUCAUACAGGUGAGAAGCCGUUUUCUUGUGAAACAUGUGGGAAAUGUUUCAGAAAACAAAAAUAUUUGAUGGACCACAUGAGAACUCACACAGGUGAGAAGCCGUUUUCUUGUGAAACAUGUGGGAAAAAUUUCCGUCAAAAGAGUCAUUUGUUCAACCACAUGAAAACUCACACAGGUGAGAAGCCACAUUCUUGUGAAACAUGUGGGAAAAAUUUCAGUCGUUGGAGUAAUUUAUUGGACCACAUGAGAAUUCACAGAGGUGAGAAACCAUACUCUUGUGAAACAUGUGGGAACAAUUUCAGUCGUUGGAGUCAUUUAUUAGACCACAUGAGAAUUCACAGAGGUGAGAAGCCACAUUCUUGUGAAACAUGUGGAAAGUAUUUCAGUCGUUGGAGUUAUUUAUUGGUCCACAUGAGAAUUCACACAGGUGAGAAGCCAUAUACCUGUGAAACAUGUGGGAAGUGUUUCAGGCAUCAGAGUCAUUUGUUGGCCCACAAGCGAACUCACACAGGUGAGAAGCCAUAUUGUUGUGAAACUUGUGGGAGAAAUUUCAGUCACCGAAAAAACUUGAUGCUCCACAUGAGAACUCACACAGGUGAAAAGCCAUAUUCUUGUGAAACAUGUGGGAAAGUAUUUACUCGUCUUAGUUCACUGCGAAAACACAUGAAAUGUCUCAAAGAAAUCAUGUCCUAAAAAACUCUACGGGAAGUUUCAUUCAAGAAGUUCAGUUUGAGCACAAAGUAUCAUCCAGUUUAAAGAAAACGCAAUUUCACUCUAAGCUGUUUAAUUCCUAUGCUGGUCCACAGCAUAUACACACAGUCAUGAUACAAAAACACCCCAAAAUGAGUUGCAUUGCUAUGUUUCAUCUACACAGUCUUUCCUGUGGGUAUAACGUCAGUUCUAUUUCAUCCCUACUGACCGCCAGAGGCGGUGCGUAAAGCACUGAAUGAUCAUCCUAUCGCAUACGCAGGUCGAGAAUUAAAUGACAAAAAAGUCACACGUGACCUCCCGGUGGCUGACGUGAGUCUGUAUAGCCACGUCACACCGGAAGCUCAGUCCCUUUAAACCUUCUCACACGCAGGUUGGUUGGAUCUGGUGGUGAGCAUUUUGAGCUGAACUCCACUGACAGUUGAUGUGCUGUUUUGUGACAGGUGGCCCUGCGACUGGGUAAAUCAGAGCUGUGGGCUUGCUCGCCCUCUAAGGGCUGCACAAGCAGCACUCCAUCUCCUUUUUUUCUUCUUUCCCGUGAAAGCCGGGUAUCGUUUAUCGCCAUGUCUGUUAGACAGUUGUUUUCUGUUGUUACAGCCCACCUUGUGGUGCGCGCUGCUCUAGUUUGUUGCCUGUGCGGCUUAAUUGUUAAUUUGUUAAUUAGGAGGUGGAACUUCGCCCAGUUGUUAUUGAAGACGGCUGUCUGUCAGCUCGUGUUCUGAGUAUGAUUCAUACACUGUCUCUUCAGUUUGUUUAAAGAAAGGAAGAUAAUAGUAAUAAUAAUAAAAAAAAACCCAGCAGGGUUGUUUUCCUUCAUUGUGAGCCUGUUGCAAAUCGCAAGUGGCGUUCUCUGCUUGACCCGGUUUGUGACCCCGCGUUCAGACAUUCAGGAGUCACAGGUGGCGUUCUCUGCUCGACCUGACUCUGUAGCGUUGCUUGUCUCUACACUAGGUUUCUUAGUGAGUAAGACAACUGAGGGUUUUUUGACACCAUGUUGGAGCAGCCAUGUUGCAGACUCUGCUUGGCAGCACUCCAACCUGAGGAUGGCCGUGAUUUGUGUCCCCGCUACCUGGGUGUGGACCACCUACGGGAGGCCCUCCAUGACACGGACUGCCCGAAUUGCUUAAUUAUGUCGCGUUCCGUGAAGGUUGCACACUUGGCUGAGUUUGAGGGUUGCCCGGAGGGGGGAUCCCACAUCUAUGGUGUUG